AUGACUCAUACAAUGAGCUGGCGAGCUUUGACGGCGGUUGCUCUCACAGCCACCACCGUCUCUGCCUAUCCUUUCCAAUCAUACAACCAUGUCUCUCGUUCACACAAAGACGUCUACUGUCCUGUAUCCGAACUCUGCACAUGGGGAAGCUGUACCACGACUACCAUCGGUCUUGAUCCCAAGAACUGUGGUGCGUAUGGCAACUCAUGUGAAGCGGGAGAGAUCUGCGUUGCUGGCGAAUGUCAGCCACUGGAUAUAGAAACAGAAAAGUGCGACAAUGCAUGCAAGCCUGGCCAGUGGUGCCAUGAUGGCAAGUGUGUUGCCAUUGAGAUUGCAGCCAACCCUCGCCUCUGCGGCAAAGAUCACCAAGACUGCGGCGCAGGAGCCAUCUGCGUUAAUGGACAAUGCCAAAUACUCGAUAUCGAUCCCGAAUCUAAAUCCUGUGGACCCAAAAAGGUUGCUUGCGAUGCCGGAACCUGGUGUCUUGACAACAAUUGUAUCCCAUUCAUACUCGGAACAUACCCUCAAUCCUGCGACAAGAAAACUCCCUGCCCUCUUGGCUCGUCCUGCCACCACGGACAAUGUCAACAAAUCUCCAUCUCUGCCGAUAUUUACAAGUGCGGUGAAUCUGCCAAGAGCUGUACCGCUGGCCAGCUCUGUGUUUCUGGAUCUUGCGAGUUCCUCUCAUUCACAGAAGAGAAAUACCAAACUGAAGCUUGUGGCAAAUCUCAUGGACCUUGUGACCCUGGCUUCUUCUGCUGGGAGAGUGAGUGCCUACCUAUCAGCAUUUCGACUGAUGGCUCUUACUGUGGUAAGAGCGCUAAGGGAUGUGGCGCGGAUGAGAUUUGUGUCUCUGGCAUCUGCGCCAAGAACCUCUUCAGAGAGGCCAGCACACCCGUAGUUGUCUGCACUGCGGACUCCUCAGGAUCAAGUGCCAGACCUCAAGGACCCUAUAGUUCUGGUGGCAAAUCAUCAAACCAGGGAUCUAACAGAAAGGGGGGCUCUUCAGGUAAGGGCACCUCUGGCGGAUCCUACCAAAAUGGUGGUGCGUCGGGCCGCCCUGGUGGUAAGCCUUAUGGAAGUGGCUCAUCGCCAGGAGGCUCUUAUAACGAGGGAGGAUACUAUGUGGAUGGAUCUGGAAAGCCCCAGUAUGGUGAUGGUAACGGCAACGGUUACUAUCCUGGAACAGGCACUGGACGUCCAGGCUCCGGAAAUGGUAACAAGGGAGGUUCAAGCAACUUCGGACCUGGUCGUCCAGGUCCAGGCAGCGAUGGCAAAGGCUCCCCUGCUCCAGCUUGCGAUCCCGACUGUUCCUCUAAUGAGAUUUGUGUUGCAGGCGAAUGUCUUACCGUCUCCGAUCCUCUGUCCUGUGGUCCCUCUUCCGGUCUAUCCCGUCGCCAAAGACAGGAGUGCCCAUCAGGUUUCGCUUGCAUCAAUGAUCGUUGCGUCCCAGUCGACAGUCCUAUUGACUGUGGUGGAUCAGAUUGUCCUUUCAACUAUGCUUGUAUCAACGACGCUUGCGUGGCGCUUGGAGAUCCCGCCGACUGUGGUGGUGAUGUUUGUGCCAGCGAUGAAAUCUGCUUGGCUGAGACUUGCACGUCGAAUCCGGAUCUGGCGAGCUGUAUUGACAUUGUGUGUCCUACUGGACAGAAAUGUCUCGCAGGUGACUGUGUUCCAGCCGGUAUCAACGGUAACCCUCAGGGUAACGGUGGUCGACCCGGCGGCGAUAUCGGUGGAGACGGAGAUCGGCCUGAUGCUCAACCAUCACUGACCGUUACCGUUUCUGGAUCUGUCACUGUUAUCCCCAACCCUGAUGCCACAGAUGGCACUUCAGGUUCCACGACUGAUAUUCGAGGCCAGCCUGAGGACAAUGAUCGUACUACAACCUUUGGCGUCAUCACUGAGGGAAGCACCACCAUCACAUUUCCUAUCAACCCUACUCAGACCGGCAUUGCCUGUUCCGUUGAUAGCGAUUGUGUUCUCGAUACCGCAUUGUGUGUCGUUGCCGGUACCAACGUCUGCAUCUGCCAGGAUGAUGUUUGUGUUGUUGAUCCAGAUCUUACUCCAGGUGGCCCAACUAACACCGGAGGUAAUGAACCAGCAACCACGGAUGACUUCCCUGCCUUGCCAACUGGAACCACGACCUGCACUACUGAUGAGGAUUGUCUCGCCGACAGCAACGCCUGCCUUUUCAACAACCAGAACAUUUGCCGCUGUAUCGAUGGUAUCUGCGUCCAGCAACCCAUUACCGGAGACCCCCAAGGAAGACCUACCUCUAACAACGACCCUGAACUAACUACUCUCGAUGGACCCGACGGCGAGCCGACGGCCACUAUUACAUUGACAGGAGACGACACUGACUUGACCACGCUUGAUGGGCCCGAUGGCGAACCAACUGCCACGGUCACCCUCACUGGUGGUAAUGAGCCAACUGAUGGUCCUGAGGUGACUACACUAGACGGACCAGAUGGAGAACCUACUGCGACUGUUACUCUCACUAACGGAGAUGACCCUGAACUGACGACGCUUGAUGGACCGGACGGCGAACCCACCGCAACGGUUACUCUCACAGCAACGGAGCCAGCGGCUACAGAGACUGAGUUCCCGUGCAUAACAGAUGACGACUGUCUAGCUGAGCUUGGUCUUUGCACCACCGAUGGUCUCGUCAAUCUCUGCGUCUGUGUAGACGCAGUCUGUGUUCUUCCUGACCUAGUUACUGCGACUACGACUGGAGACGGUGGUGAUGGAGAACCCACCGAGGCCGCUACCACCACCGAUGGAGGUAUUGCACCUACACCCACUACUGCAUGCCAGACCGAUGAUGACUGCGUUGCGAACGCUGAUCUUUGUGUCGUUGAACUAGUCAACUUCUGUGUCUGUGUAGACGCAGUAUGUGUCAUCCCUGACCCUGCUGAUGCGACUACUGCUACAGAAGGUGGUGGUGAGCCAACGGAUGCCGCUACCACAACCGAUGGAGAAAUUGCGCCCACGCCCACAACUGCAUGCGAUACAGCCGAUGACUGUGCUGCCAACGCCGCUCUCUGCCUGGAUGGCCUCAUCAACAUCUGUAUUUGCGUUGACUCUGUCUGUGUCGCUACACCCGACGGUGAUGCCACUACAAGCGGAGUGGUGCCUACAGAGACAGCUACGCCUUCCUGUUCCUCAGCCGAUGACUGUACCGUCAACAUUGAUCUUUGUGUAAUCCUGGGACUUAACCUUUGCCUUUGCGUCGACGGCAUUUGUGUUCCUGGCAAUGGUCCAGAUGAUGGAGAUGACGGUUCUACCUGCACUGACAAUAGCGAAUGUACCACACCAGGGUCUAUAUGUCUUGACAGUGGUAUUUGCGGACCUGACCCUGAUGACCCGGAUACGACUUCUUGUUCUACAGCGGACGAUUGUUUGGCCAAUACUGCCCUUUGUGUAGACGGACUACUCAACCUCUGUGUCUGUGUGGAUGCCGUCUGUGUGUCUCUGGGUCCAGGGAAUGGUGGUCAAGAUGGGUCUGCUUGUACUGACAAUGAUGAUUGUACCACAGCCGGUUCAAUCUGUCUUGACAGUGGCAUUUGCGGACCUGACCCUGAUGAUCCUGACACGCCUUCUUGCAACACAGCUGCCGAUUGCACUGCCAACGUCGGUCUAUGCCUUGACGGCCUGAUUAAUCUGUGUCUCUGUGUCGAUGCUGUCUGCGUGCCUGCUCCUGGAGGAGGUGGCAACGAUGGAGAUAGCUGCACAGAGAACGACGACUGUACCACCGCAGGCUCCGUGUGCUUGGAUAGUGGUGUCUGUGGACCCGACCCGACGGAUCCUGGUACAACGUCUUGCAGUACCGCUGAUGAUUGCGCUGCCAAUGCCGGUCUCUGUCUUGAUGGUCUUCUCAACAUCUGCCUCUGUGUUGAUGCUGUCUGUGUUGCAGCACCUGGAGGAGGUGGUAAUGACGGGGAUGUCUGUACAGACAAUGGUGACUGUACUACUCCUGGCUCUGUAUGCUUGGACAGUGGUGUUUGUGGACCUGAUCCUACCAACCCUGGCACAACCACUUGCAAUACGGCUUCUGACUGCACUGCCGAUGUUGGGCUUUGCCUUGAUGGCCUGCUAAAUCUUUGUGUUUGCGUCGAUGCUGUUUGCGUUCUUCCUGGCGGUGGCGGUGGCGGCGGCGGCGGCGGCGGCGGCGGCGGUGCUGAUGGUGCCACUUGCGAUGUCGACAGUGAAUGCACUUCUCCUGGAUCAGAAUGUAAUAACGGCGUCUGCGGUCCUCCACCCUCUGGUGGCGGAGACACGAGUUGCAGCACAGCGAGCCAAUGCACAGCUAACGCGGGUCUGUGUCUCGAUGGUCUUAUCAACAUCUGCCUUUGCAUAAACGGACUUUGUGUUGUGCCGGGAUAA